AUGUCCAAAGAACACACCAGACGCUCCCUCCUCUUCCCAAAAUUCCUCAUCCCCUCCUUCCCCACCAAACAACACAUCCCUCCCUCCCACUCUCCCUCCCCCACCUCUCCAUCUCCAAAGUACCUAAACGGCCACCUCUCCUACCUCCGCUGCACAACCUGCGCCGCACACCUCUGCCUAACCUCCCAAAUAAUCAGCAAAGGCUUCACAGGCCGCCACGGCCGCGCAUACCUGGUCUCCGCCGAACCCACCGCCACCGCCGUCUCAGUCAGCCCCUCCUCCUCGCCCAUAACAUCCCUCCCCAACACGAUCCUCCAACACCCCGUGCCGCGACAGCUCGUCACGGGCGCGCACACAGUCAGCGACGUGAGCUGUGCGUUUUGCGGGAGCGUGUUGGGGUGGAAGUACGUUGCGGCGGAGGAGGAGUCGCAGCGGUAUAAGGUGGGCAAGUUUAUUCUUGAGACGAAGAAGAUUACUGCGUCUUCGUGUUGGGAGGGGUCGUUUGAGGGGGGUGGAGGAGUAGAUGCGGUUCGGGCUGAGGGGGUUCUUGGUGGGGGUGAGUCGGAUGAGGAGGGUUCUGGUUCUGGUUCUGGUUCUGGGGAUGCCGAGUUUGAUAGUCAGGAUGAGGAUGAGUGUGAGGAUUUGUUUGCGGGGAUUUGGAGUCCUGGGUUGGCGAGUCGGCGGCGGAGUCGGAAGAUUGAACGACGGCCUGCGAGUGCGUUGUUUGGAAUGUCGUGA